GCAGGGAGCAGAGCAGAAGACGGGGCGCGGGGGAACCCUCUCUUCAGGAGCAAGACUAUAGUGCUAGUGUUAUAUAUACAUAUACAUAUUUCGGAUAAUAGGCCGGUGCAGUCGCAAGGUACAAUGAGGUAUUUGGUGCUUCUGGUCAUUUUCCUGGUACACAAGGGAUCCCUAGGUUUCCCAUAUUUCCAGGAACGUAUUCCAAACGGAGGGAAUGUCCCUAGCCCCUGUGACCCACAGGAAAUAUGGAAGGGUGUAGGACACAAAAAUUUGGAUGGUGGAGAUGACAGAAAUCCGUUUGGUUUGGACUUUUUUAGAGCAGGAAAGACAUGGACGCGUGCCUUUUGCGAAAUGGAUUCUGAUGGCGAUGGAUUGUCCAAUGGUGAAGAGUUGGGUGACCCAGAUUGUGUGUGGACACCGGGAAAUGCACCUGCAAAGACAACAGAUCUUUCUCACCCAGGUGUGUGUGAACCGCUCGACAGUGAACUGUGUCUGGAGAAAAACAGGUGGCUGGACUGCUCAUCAACAGGGAACAACAACUGCCCUGCGUUUAGAGAGCCAGGGAUGCAGAACGUGACCUUGAGAUUUCCCAGGACAGAUGUCCCUCCCCACGUGACCAACUACUUCUGUCAGAUAUUUGAUUUACCUAAUGGCGAUUUUCACCUUGUUGGAUCCCGACCCAUUAUAGACAACCUAGAACUGACUCAUCAUAUCCUUCUAUUUGGCUGUGACGAGCGAGAGGGAGAGGUACCAGCGACACCUAAUGCCUUCCAGUGUGGUAUGCUGGCCCAUCCUAAAUGUAUUAAUAUCAUAGGCACAUGGACUGUAGGGAGUUCCGGGGACUGCCUUCACGUCAACACUGGGUUCCGAAUUGGCAGGAGGGGGUUCCGAAGGGCAGCUAUGCAGAUCCACUGGAAUAAUCAGAGAAGACAAGAUAGCCACACUGACAGUUCCGGUUUGGUACUGUACUACACCAGCAGACUCCGAACAUACGACGCCGCCAUGUUUGCAGUAGGACAGGAAUUCAUUGAGAUUCCACCACGUCAACCGGAAGUUGAUUUCCAUUCUUCUUGCUCUGGCGACUGCACGACUGCCAUGUUCCCGACCCCUGUAUAUAUCACUAGAGCUGUCAAUCACAUGCACUACAUGGGUAUAAAACAGAGAAUCACACUACAUAGGAACGGUACGAAGAUAAGAGACAUCACCUUUGACAACCCUUACAGCUAUGAUAGCCCAGCCUUCUACAAAUACGACCCACCAAUCGAAGUACUUCCGGGAGAUGAGAUCCGAACGACUUGUACCUAUUCAUCCAUAGACAAAAAUCGCACUGUAUACUUCGGCGAUGGGACCUCUGAUGAAAUGUGCUUCGGUUUUAUGACUUAUUAUCCGAGACAAAAUAUCCCGAUGCCAUAUUGUACGACUUGGAAAAGUGUGGAAAAAUGCAAGCGAUAUCUACCUCAAUUUGGCGGAGUUGUGAAUGAAUGUCCAUGGAGAAAAUUUCUGAGUUCCAAAAAUCCGGAUACCAGACGCAUUGUGGGAAACGUGUUAACAUUAUGUAGCAAUGAAUCACCUGACACGAAGUGUUCCGAGAGAUGUACGGAAACUGUCGAGGAAAGCCGAGAACACGUUUGUUUACAAGGGGACCUGGGAGAAAUGCUUAUGUAUAAAAUCCGAAUUAAAUACCCCGAGGUUGUCAAUUAUCUUUCCAAAUGUAGACGAGUAUUAGAAACGAACGGCAGCAAAAAUUUAAUAUACUUGUCAUCAAUAUAUGUUUUAUCAAUUGUCGUUUCAUAUCAUUUGUUUGUCUAGGUUUUAAAAUAAUAUUUUGAAUAUGGAAUUUCAGAGGUUAAUUCCGGAGUAACUGUUUAUACAAAUUGAUGUGCGUUUCUGUUUGAUGUAACUGAUUUAGUGAAUGCGCGUGUGUGGGUGCGUGCGAGGGUGGAGAGAUUAUGUGCGCGUAAUUCAUUGUGCAAAAUGUCAUAGUGUUGAUAACCUCACCAACAUUUGGUGAAUUGUAGCUUAACAUGUUUUAGAUUUUUUUUCAUACUGUGACAUGCAUGCUUUUAUAAUAAAUGAAUAUACAUUUGAAUGUACAUAUAAGUCUAUCUAUGUAUAAUAUAUCAUGUACACAAUGGAACCUGAUUUUACCGCCUUAUAUCGAUAUUAACUAUAUUAGUUGCUAUAAUUGUCUGGUUUCUCUGUUGAAAUCCUGGAUUUUCAGCCUCAUUGCAUAUUUGUCUAAAUGACCCUGUAAAGCAGCUUUAAUGAAGUAUGAAAUAUAUUACUAGUAAGAUCGUUUAUAUAAUUAUGUAUUAGUAUCUGCAGAUAAAUGUACCAUUUUUUAAUUUGUAAAUAUUUACAAAAUUGAUAUCACUGCGAUCGUAUCGCGGCAUUGGUUUGAUGGUUGUAUAGAUAGCAUUGUCUCAGUGUCCAUCCAAGUUGUAUGUACUUCAAGUUCCAAGAUAAAAUCCGAUUUUUAAGUUACCCGAGACAAUGUUUCAUGUGACCUAUUGCAAUCGCUGUUUGUCUGUCGUUGUGCGUCCGUGAACAAUUUACAUUUUCGAAUUCUCAGAAACCAAUAGACCAAUUGAAAUAAAAUUUUGCAGACACCCUCCAUGGUGGUCGACCAAAGCUGUGAGAUAGAUGGUCCCUUUAUCCACAUGGACAUAAGGGGUGGGACAACAAGUGCCCGAUCGACUGAAAUUUCAAAAAAAAAAAAAAAAAAAGUCUUCUAAAGAUCCAGAUAUUGUAGAAUCAAAUUUUCUUUUUAAACGAAAUGGUGUUGGGGUUCUUUAUCCAAUGAUGAAUUUUCCGACCCUUUGGUCAUGGGUUUCCCCUGUGGACUAUGGAGGGGUUAAAAUUUACUAUAGUUUAUUUAGGGAAAUCACAUUGUGAGGAUCGCUUGAUGAAUUUUUAUUCGAAAGAAUUUAAACUUAAUUAGAAUUAUCGGUAUAGGAAGGCAAUUUAGUGGUAUGGACAUAUUGGUCCUGACUUACCCCCAGGGACUUAUGGGCGGGACCAAAAUUGGUCAAAUUGACCGCAAUAUAUCAGAACUCAGGUGACCAUUAGGGCCAAUGACCUCUUGCUUGUAUUCUGGUAUAUUUGGACAUGUUAAUUUCCUAUAUUGUUGGAUUGUAAUAAUCAGUGUGUAUAUAUACCUGAUCUUGGUUUUACGCCCCACUAGCGGAUCCCAACAAACAGGCCGACUUUCCCACCAUAAUGACCUUGAACUGAACAUAAAGUUAGGGUAUUGUAUAAAUAAUUUCACUAAACAAUAAACUGCGUGUGUUGAUAGGUUGCUUUCAUAUUUUCUAAAUGUAAUGCAUGCUGCAAUUCAGUAAAGCUGAAUUGAUUUGUCAGCUUCGAAACAAAAAACACUAGAGUACGUCAUGUUACCGAUAAGGCUUUAAAAAUCGUGCAGUAAAGACAUUUUGAAAUCAGAUGUAGAACAAUUGUUGAAGUAUGUUUUUUUUUUUUUAUUAUUAUUUAUUAAAUGAAAUUGAUAACAUCGCGCGGAUAAUUUUUCGUUUUUGAUGUUCCCGACUGAUGUAAAAUAGUAGUAACAAAGAGCGGAACAGUGUAGUUAGUAGACAUUCCAUAACGAAAACAGAAUAAGCAUUUUGUGUUGUGUUGAUGUGAGACUUUGUACGAUAUAUUAUAAAACAUUUCCUAUGGAUA